CCCACAUCUCAAGCAGCGACCCGACGCGACCCAAGCUACGACUCGGACCGAGUUGGUUCCGGUUCAGAUGCCUCCCAUCCCCGCCGCCUCUUCUUGUGCGUCGGGGACGGCGAGCAGAGAAGAACGUUAAUCCGCAGCAGCAGCGCCUUGUAGAGUCAGAAGAAAGGAAGCACGGGGGGAUGAUGAUGAUGAUGAUGAUGGAGCGGCGGCUGGCGGGAGCGGCGGCGGCCAAGGACAACGACAAGAAUGCCCCUAUUCUCCUUUCCUCCUCUUCUUCGUCCGAGGACGAAGGAGGAGAAGGAAGAGUGAUACAGAGGAGAGGAGAGAAAGAGGCGGCUGCUCCCUCUCCUCCUAUGCCUACCAAGAAAAGGAACAGCAAGGCCGGGGUAGAGGAGGAGAAGAAGAAGAAGAAGAAGGAUAGGAGGAGUGCAGAAGGGGAUGAGGAGGAGGCGCCCAAGAAGAAGAAAAGGAAGAAGAAGAACAAGAACAAGGAGGACGGCAAGCACAAGAAGAUAGACGCCUCGUGCAGCUUCCCGAUGAGCCGAGUCUGGCGCCUCGUCCGGAGCGAGGGCGCCGCCGCCACGAAUACCCGCACCACCCCUGAUGCCGUCUUCCUCAUCAACAAGGCCUCCGAGAUGUUUCUAGGAAAAUUUGCUGAGGAUGCUUAUGCCACUGCCGUGCAGGAACGUAAAAAGUCCAUUGCCUACAAGCACCUCUCAUCAACUGUUUCCAGUGGGAAGAGAUACGAGUUCCUAUCAGAUUUUGUCCCCGAGAAGGUAAGAGCUGAAGAUGCCUUGAAGGCGAAGGCACUAGUUGAAACAUAAUUAUAUUGAAGCUGCAAGUGCGUUAGCAACGAGAAACAAGAUAUGCUGAUCAAAUUGGCUAGCAUGAGGCAUCCUCUCACCAUGUAAUCUUUCAACGUGGGAGUUAGAACAUGCAUCUUACCUUGCCCCGGUAAGGUGCACGAUUGGUUUCUUAUUCUGAUAACUCUUUUUCUUUUCCUUUUUCUUUUUUGUGGGUUAUAGAAAUAACCUAAUAUUUGCUUCCUGGUAUGGGAGCUUGCAAUCUGAACGCAGUGGACCGGUCUUCCUGUAUCCAUGUUUUAUCUGUUCUAACCUCCAUGGUUGCUGGUAUUCAAUUGGUUUUGUUUUCUUCAUAAUUGUUGGUCUCAACCACUAGAUAUUUUACACCUUCAAAGAUCAGAAAACAAUUGCCACCACCUGGUGGUUCUGCUAUCA